AUGGCAACUCUCGAAGCGCUGAUCUCGCUGCAGAUGACACGUGCAUCCUUCAUCGAAGGCAUUUACACGGAGUCACAGGAGGAGAGCAUCCAGCAGUUCGGAGUGACGGCUCUGGAUUCUAAGCUCGUCAUGCUGGAAACGUAUUGGGUGAAGUUGGAAGCGUCUCAUGAGAAACUCGUCGGCCAGAAGAUCGAGAAUUUGACCUCUCUCGAUUAUUUUAAGAAUCAGGUCUUCGAUGUCGCGCUUAAGCAUUACGCUUCAGGUAGAGUAGCGCUGCUGCAGCUGUUGGAGAAGAAGGGGGCUCCUAACCUCAACCAAUCGGUUCGUGUUCCUAGCGACGCGCAACUACUGAGUUCCACGCGCAGAGCUCUUCCGGAGAUUGAGUUUCCGAAGUUCUCUGGAGUGUCUAAGGAGUGGAGGCCAUGGAGAGACCUUUUCCAUUCGCUGGUCGGGAAUAAUCUGGAGAUUCCUGGGGUCGAGCGAAUGCACUACCUCCGUCUCUGUCUCUCCAAUAAGCCUUUGAAGCUAAUCUCUAAUUUGCCCGUCUCUGAAGAUUCCUUUGGCAUCGCAUGGAGAAUCUUGGUCGAUCGAUACGAGAACAAGCGCUUAUUGAUUACAGCUCACCUUGACCAGCUUCUCAAUCCUGCUCCGAUGAAGACGCACGGUGCCUCAGACCUUAAUUUAUUGACGAGCUCCGUUUCUGAGGCACUCAGCGCGCUCAAAGCACUGGAUCAGCCAACAGAUCAUUGGGGUCCAAUCGUCGUUCACGUGCUCACUCGUCGCUUGUCCAACAAGCUUCGUGAGGCAUGGGAAAAUAAAAUUGGAGCAUCGACUGAGUAUCCGACGCAUGAACAUCUCCUCGAUUUCCUACAAGGUCGUUCACGAGCCAUGGAUACCUUGGAGGUUGGGUCUUCGGUGCACACAUCGAACGACGCCUCUCGUCCUUCGCAGCUGAGCGUCCAGACUCGUUCGAUGACCAACAGUAGUGCCAAGGUCAACCAAGCCUCGGUGUCUUCGCAUGCGCAGCAGUCAGCCCAGAAAUCUCCCAGUCCAGCGCAAAUACAGUCCACAAAGUCGACGUCCUGGGCCAACGCGGGCUAUCCUUGUUCCUACUGCAAGAUGGAUCACUACAUUGCUUCUUGCAGCGGGUUCAAGUCGCUUACUCCUACAGCAAGGAAGGAGGUUGUCGAACGACUCUACCUGUGCUACAACUGUCUGGGGAAGCACAGUAUCAGAGUCUGCCAGACCACUCGAACGUGCAGGACAUGCCAGGAGAGGCACCAUUCCCUGCUGCAUUUUGAUCGCGCUCGUCGUCCAGCUCAACGUGGUCCAGCAUCUCAAGUCCCUCGCAACGAUGCAGGAGCUCAGCGCCCGAGUGCUUCUGCUCCAUCGACCAACGUGCCUGUCGUGACGUACACUCACACCGGUGAUGCUGCUCAGGCUGCGUCUUCAGCCCAUUCUCAGGCCUGA